GAGAGGGUGAGACAGUAGGAGAGAGAAAGACCUCAAUGAAAGACCUCAUGUCCCACAUUGAUCCCACAAUCUUAUAUUUUGUUUUCCAGCUGAAAUCUGAUGACACCAUAGAGAUUGCUGCCUUGGGAAGACCAUUCCAGCUUGGGAUGCUGUAUGACUGCCGUAACGAUGCUCUUAUUCCAGGUAUAACUUUAUGGGAUAAUGACAACCUACAGAAAGACACAAGUGGACGACAACAACAUAAUACUGAAUUUAAUGUCACAACAUUAGAUUCAAUUGAGGAGAAGUCAAACUCAUUAAAGCUAUCUGGCUCUCUUAAAUUAAGUCUCUUGGGAGGACUGGUGAAUGUCGGAGGAUCAGCCAAAUAUUUCCAAGACACAAAGAAAUCUGUCAAACAAGCCCGUGUGACUCUUCAGUACAAAACAACCACGAAAUAUGAAUCAUUAACAAUGCAUCACCUGGCUCGUGGACAGAUAUCUCAUCCUAAGGUGUUUGAAGUUACCCCUGCCACUCAUGUUGUCACAGCCAUCUUGUACGGAGCUUGUGCUUACUUUGUAUUUGACAGAGAAUCAUCCUCAGAGAAUGAUAGGAAACGGGUGGAGGGAGAGGCUAAACUCACCUUAGGUAAACUGAAAUACGUCACAGGAGAAGCUGAGGCAUCCCUCAACAUGGAUGAUAACGAGAAAGCAGAAGCUGAUAAAUUCAGUUGCACAUUUCAUGGAGAUUUCCAGGUAAAAACCAACCCAACUUCCUUCAGUGAUGCUGUGAGUGUUUAGACCCUUCCACAGAUGCUGGGGGAGAAUGGAGAACAUGCUGUUCCACUCAGGGUGUGGCUGUACCCUCUGGUGAACUUGGAUUCAAGAGCUGCAAAACUACAAAGAGACAUCAGCAAUGAUCUCAUCACAUACUCCUCAGACACAAUAGAGUCUCUUACAAUGACAGAGAUGAAAUGCAGUGACAUACUGAAAGACACAGCAACAGCAACAUUUCCUGCCAUGGGAGAGAAAGUUCAGACUUUGAUGCAGAGGUGCCGUCAGUACAAGCUUGACUUCAUGCAGAAGCUCGGGUCAGUGCUUCCUUCAAUCCGAGGGGGUGGGAAAGAGGAGAGUGCCCUUGAGGACAUCCUGAAGGCACACGAGCAGUCUCCAUUCAACAGCAAGGACCUGGAUCCGUGGCUCACAUGCAAGAAGAUGGAAUCAGAUACACUGAAAUCCUUCCUCAAGCAACUGGAGAAACUAGGUGCAGAAAUGGAUGACAAUUUGGAUGACCUCUUGUCUGAUUUAGAUGUCAAAACUAUUGUGUGCUUUUCAUUUACCUCUGUAGACCAGCCUGAUAGUUUCCUGGUGAAACUGUCAGAUUAUCUCAAACCAUCAGGAAUGGUGGACACUCCUGCAGAAUCCUCUGAUCUACAGGCCAGAAACACAGAGUGGCUCUCAACUGAUGCUAGACAGACAAUGAGGAGACAACUACGAUUGUUUGGAGAACUGAAGAAUUGA